GAGAGGGAGAGGGGAGUGAGGGGGAGUGUGGGGGAGGGAGAUCAACCGGGAGUUCUCCGCUCCGAUUGGCAACAGUAGUAACAAUAGCAGCGGGGCAAAUAGUAACAGUGCUUGUGGUGGGAUGGGUGGGCCCAAUAGCAUCCAAGGCAGAGACUUUGGAGCGCUGUCAGUCAGUCAGAACCGGGAAUUCCAAGGUUCUGGGAGAGAUGGACCUAACUUGGGGCCAGAAAGAAGAGACUUUGCUCCGGCUUUCAGAGACAGGGAGCGUGAAAGGGAGCGUGAAGGAGGAAGGGAGUUUAAUCUGCCAAACCAAAACCAGAGUAGAGACUUUGGCCCCAGUGGAGCCAGCGGGGGGCAUCCCAGAGACAAAGAUGGGAGCAGAUGGGGUGAGUUUGGGGGCCAGACGAGAGACGUUGUGGGCAGUAGUAACCCUAACAACAACUCCAUCCCACAGGGAAACCCCCCAAGUUCAACCAGCGGGCUACCUGUCACCCCCAUGCUGAACCGUGACCCACCUGCGUCUCCCCAAAACAAUCCCAGUCACCCUACCCAUCCUUCCCUGCCGCCACACCCCCACCCACAUCCCCCAAACUCAUCGAACCGGGACUUACCUCCUCCCAUCGACCAGGCACAAACGCCCUCCUCUGGGGCGGAUCACUUUCACAGGGAGUAUCCACCCACUGGAGGAAAAGACUUUCCUGCUGGUGCGCCUCCUUCCACUGGCACAAAUCGGGAGUACCUAAACUCCCCUGGAGUAACUCCAAACCUGGGACGAGAGUAUUCAGGGCCCGGGGGAACGCAGCACCCCCACCCACCUCAUCCCCACUACCAGUCUGGGCCAAGAGACAGAGAGAGAGACUCAAAUCUGCGAGACACUUCUCUAUACCAAAACCGUGGAGGCCCAAGUCAACCCCCUGCACUCUCUCCUUCCUCCUCUUCUAGCCAUCACGGACACCCUUUGAAUGCUCCUUAUCCCCCUCCACCACCUCAGCCUCCUCUGCCCCCACCUCAAUCCUCCCACACCCAACCACCCCCCUCAGGAAUGGCACCCAAUGUACGUCCUCCACACUACCAGUCUUCUGCCCAGACUCCUCCGACACCCCUUUCUCCUUUACCCAGCCCAUCGACCAAUCAGAUGGGAGCUUUCUCAUCUUUUCCUCCUGGCUCCUCCUCUGCAGCCAGCAUGCCGCUUCCAGCGACAGGUGUGUCAUCCAGCUGUUCGCCUGGAUGCCGCCCUUCCCCUUAUCAUAGCACUUUGAACAACCACCCUCCUUUCAGUGGAUCUUACCACUCUAACGGAAACAACAGCAGUACUAUGGCCAACAGCAGCAGCAGCAGCAACAGUAGCGCACCCAACAGCAGCAAUACCAAUCCACAGUCACUCUCGCCUCAGAAUGUCUCAAAAGGACCUCCACCUCUUAGUAACUCCGCCAGCAGCAACAACAAUGGUAUCUCUACACCUGCCUCCAGUUCUUCGCUCCCUGGUGGAGACGGACAUUCGGAUUCAGGCCCGCCUCCUACACCGGUCAUUAAGGAAGAACCAAUAGAAGACAGGGAAGAGAGUGAAAGCCCACCACCUGUGCUGAGAAGCCCCUCGCCUGAACCAAAAGCUGUAGACAUUCCUAUCCACGCCAGCCAGUCAGCACGGUUUCACAAGGUCCUCGACCGCGGCAGUGGGAACUCCUGCGCCCGCAGCGAUGUCCUCUUUGUCCCACUCGAUGGCUCCAAACUGUGGAAGAAGAGGAAUGAGAUGAUUGAAAGGGCCCGCAGGGAGGUGGAGCAGCGGGCCAGAGACCUGCGAGAGAAAGAAAGGGAACGAGAGAGGGAGCGGGAACGUGAGAGGGAGCUCGAUCGGCAUCUACAGCAGCAGAAGGACGCCAGCGCUGCUGGAGGAGGUCGCCAGGGCUCCUCACUCUUCUUCCCUUCCUCAUCCUCGAUCAUCCUCGAUCCUUCGUCUUCUUCCGCUUCUUCCUCGGGCAACCCCGUCUCCCAUCCUCCCCCACAUCCACAACAUCAUCACUCACAUCCUCAUGCUCACCUUCCUCCGACACACCAUCUCCACCCUACCCUCUCCCACUCUAUCCCCCACUCCCUCCUCUUACCAUCCAUGGGUGGGUCACCAGCAGUGGUUGGCGGCCCUCAGGGGGCCCUGGGAAUAGGUUUAGGAGGACCAUAUUUAGGCCCUGACACCCCAGCGCUGAGAACUCUGAGUGAAUAUGCUCGCCCCCACGCUAUGUCUCCACUUGGGGUGGCAAGUCGUGCCCCGGCACACCACCCACAAGUUCAUCAUGGUCAUCCCCACGUCCACCCCUCAUUCUUUCUUCCUCAGUUUCAGAAUCAUGCUUUAGGUCACCCACACCACUUGCCCACUGAUGCAGCUACUGCAGCAGCCAUCUUGGGAUUUUUGUAUGGUGGCAGCCUGGAAGGUGGUCCAGGUGUUGGUGGUCACCCGGGAAUGGCAGGGGGCCCAGUACCUGGAGGGAUUGGGGGUGCAGGAUUGGGAGGUGUCGGCUUUCCUCAUGCAGUGGCUGCACACCGAGAUCGGAUAAAGCCAGGAUUUGAGUUUAAGAGUGAUGACCGGGUUUACCCACCAGGGUCUAUACCUGAUCCUGCAGUUCUUGCUCACUCACAUUCACAUGCUCAUGCCAGUGCCCAUGCGCAUGCACACUCCCUGCUCCUUGGAGGCAGUGCAGCGGGCAGUAAUGAGGUAUCAAUCUACGGCACUCCGCCUCCACCAGCUCCACUUGGCCCACCUCACCUCCAGAACCCAACUCUGGCCCCUGUAACUCGAGCUCCCAACCCUCCUGCUCCGCAGUCCCUGUCGAAUCCACCCCCUUCAUCUCUGCUCCCACCCACACUCCCCUCUCACCCUUCAUCUGCUCCCCCGGCUCCCCCAGCUGCCUCUGCCGCUCCUCCCCCGGCUCCUCCUCAACCUGCCCCACCGACCUCCAACGCCACCUCACUUCACCACCCUGUCCCCCAUUCUUCCUUUCUCAGCUCCCUGUCCUCUCAUCAGCCACCAGCCCUGCCCCGGCCGCUGCCCCUGAGACCUACCCCACUCCCACUCGCUCUCCUGCCUCUUACGAGCGAGAACGGAGUGGAGAAAGAGAGCGGGAGAGGGAGAGGGACAGAGCAGCUCUGCCGGCCUUUGGGGACAGAGAGCGAGAAAGAGAGAGGGAGAGAGAAAGGGGAGGAAGUGUUGGAGGCGGAGGAGGAGGAAGCGGAGGAGGGAGGGGGAAGUGGAGCCAGUACAGGUGGAGGAGGUGGAGGAGAGAAUCUGGGGCGUCUUCAGAUGCUAAAUGUGACGCCUCAUCAUCACCAGCAUUCACACAUCCACUCACAUCUUCACCUACACCAGCAAGACACAGCGGCGGGCGGGGUUCACCCCCUGAUGGACCCGUUGGCAUCGGGGUCUCCAUUGGCACGCCUCCCUUACCCAGGAGCCACACUAGGCACCCCUAUCCUGGCACACCCCCUCACUGACAGCGAGGUGCUCCGCCAACAGCUGUUCGGUGCUCCUUUCCGUGACUUGCCCCAGCCUUCCUCUCUCACCGGCCCCAUGUCUGCAGCCCAUCAGCUCCAGGCCAUGCAGCAGGCACAGAGCGCAGAGCUGCAGAUCCAGAGACUGGCCCUGGAACAGCAGUGGAUUCAUCACCAUCACCACCACUCCCUCACCCAGGAUGAGUAUUACAGUCACCUGAAGAAAGAGAGCGACAAGACCCUGUGAGGGAGGGGCACCAACAAACAGCAGCAUGGAGAAAAACCAAGGGAGAGCGUGCGCAAGGAGAGAACAAAUACAGCGAAACAAAAAAAGCACUGAAAACAAUGAGGGAAUACAAGACUCCGAACAGAGGUCGGACUCAUGGACAGGGAAAUCGCAGAAGGAAACAAGAAGAUUUUGAAGGAUUAACAAAAGAGGGAGGAGGGCGUGAAAACCUUGCACAGAGUCCCCGCGAACGGCACCAGACUCCAGCGCUUUCCUGCAUAAUGUUGUUUUGUAUUGUGCUCUGUACAGUAUAUUAGAUGGGGGCGGCAAUAGUGAAGUACAGUAUAUGUAAAAUACUUGAUGCCAGAAGGAAUGUGUACAUGAGUCCCUUUUAUGUCAUUGCAUGUAGCUAUAGGCGCUUAUUCUGAACUGGUGGAACUUUUGGUUCUAUUUUUAGUAAUUACCCCCUCCUUUGUAUCUGAGGGGCGUUCAAUAUGCAUGAGACCAGCAUUUUAGUGUUCUGUUAUGUUUACGAUCAAUAGCAUUGUUAUAAUGAUUAAUGUUGUCCGUUUAUUGAUAAUGAUAUAAUUAUAUAUACAGCACAUAUUAUUUGUAUUAUUUUUUUACAUUUUCAUGGUAUGGCAGUCAGUUUUUAUUUUUUACGUUCAAUUUAACUUGUGAAACAAGAUGCAAAGGAAGGCAAAAAAAUCUGGAAAUAAAUUAUAAUCUUUUUUUUUGCUAGUU